CUUUUCCACGUCGCAACCAACCUUGUCCACCACCGUCUUCUUCAACAACAACCUUGUCCUCGUCACCUCUCUCCUCCUCCUCUUCCCCCCUUCCCUCUCCUCUUCCUCUCCGCCGCUCGUUGCCGACAAAGACUUUUUUGCAUACACCUAUAAUCGGGCCUUGGUUUUAAUUUCUUCCACCUAUUACCACCACCCACCACUCGGUAACGGCACGCACAGCAGACAGGCAGCCAGGCAAUCUGCACCAGCAACCCGCGCGCGCGCACGCCCGUCGACGUCGCCUUCGCCCGCCGUCCGUCCGUCAAUCAACCUGGCAAGGCGACACCCACCCACCACUGCUUCACUCUCACCUCCCACUCCAUGUCCGCCCCGCCCCCGCACCACCUCGCACCAGGCGAAGCGACCACGCCCACUCGCCGCGAAGGCCGCACACCGCCCCCGGCCCCGAGCGCGGCCUAUGCCAAGCGAGCUCGUGAGAUCAUCGAAGACGCAACCGGCAUGCCCCUACCCCCACUAGGCGGAACUGUUGAGAACGCGCCGAGCGCAGGACGGAGGCCACGCGCAGGAACGCUGCCAUCAUCAUUCAACGAGGCACGUCACGAAGGCACUGGAGUACCCGCGUCCGUCACGCCGCCAGAUGACGGAGCGCCCAGGCGUACAUCGGCGCUCUCGCCGGCGGACCGCCCCGGUCUCCGACACACCCACACGACGAGUACCGCCGACGCUCUCGAGAUUCGUCCCCGUUCAGGCUCCACUAGUGAGGUCAGCAACGCAUUUGCGUCGAGCCCCUUUAGCAACGCGUGGCUCUCGGCUCCAGGCCUCGUGUCUGCCGCGCCAGGACAAGGCCGCUCGCCCCUCGGAUUUGGUCACGGUCUAGGAGGUGCCGGUCCUGUGGGUGGAGAGCGCGGAGAUCGCACAGAGGAGCUUCUCGAUCACCACGCCGGCGUCCCCCAUGAUGACGGCGGCCUCAACUUUAGCACCCUCGACUACCUAGGCCUCGCCGACUCGGGUGGAGGCGACCUGCCCCCUGCAUCCAUCUCCGAGCUUAGGAAUCAGCACCGCCGCGCAAUCGACGCCCACGGCCCAGCUUCCCGCAUUCGUGCGAGCACCGUUUCCAACGUUGCUCGCACCUACCGCCCCAGCGUGACCCAGUUUGGCAUCGGCGACGACACGCCAGACUCGUUGCUCGUAUCCGCCCUCGACCAGGUCUCGCUCUACGACCAGCUACUCCCUGCAGCGCCACUGGGACUUUUCCCAAGCCCAAACUUGUUGGGGGCCACGUCGCGUGAUGGUGCCCAUAACCGACAGCGUGCGACGACCAUUGGGGCGUUGGACAACCCUCUGCGCCGCGCUGGCGGGAGCAACGGCCCCGGAGGCUUCCUCUCCAGCAUCCCUCAGUCACCGCUCCAGGGCGACUACACUUCGCACCUCUUCAUGGACACUCGCUUCGGCUACCCUCCCCGUUCCAGGAGCGACCGCGACUUGACUCGCUCGCGAGACAGCAGUAACACUCGUGCGCCGCGCCUGUCCAUUUCCUCAGGCACCAGCCGCACGGGCACACCAGACAAUGCGGGUGGCGCGGGCGCGAGCACGCCUCAGGUUCCGACGCGGUCCCUCUGGAUCGGCAAUCUUGACGUCAAUGCCACCAGCGAGGCCCUCCUUCGUGUCUUCGCUCCGUAUGGCGCGAUUGAGAGCUUGCGCAUGCUUCCAGAGAAGACGUGCGCGUUUGUCAACUUCAUGGACAAGGCGGACGCCGUCCGCGCGAGGGACGACGUGCUCAACCGCCUCGGAGGCCAUGUCGCCGAGCUCGCAGAGACUGCCCCCGUCCGCAUUGGAUUCGGAAAGAUUGACUCGGCCCCGACUGGACCACCUACCAGCUCGGUCGCGGCUGCUCCACCCGGCCUCGUGUUCACGAAUGGUUCGGUCACCAUCACACAGCCAGCCGCCGGUCUUUCCGCCAGCUCUGCAUUGGGCCCUCUCGGCGAUGGCAGCGACCAAAGUGCUCUUCCCACGCGUGCCCUCUGGAUUGGCAGCAUCCCGUCGAGCACCUCUUCUGCGACUCUACUCCAAAUCUUCUCGCCAUUUGGCCCAGUGGAGUCCGCCCGCGUAUUGACACACAAAUCUUGCGGCUUUGUCAACUUUGAGCGUCUGGACAGCGCCAUUUCGGCUCGGAACGCCCUCAAUGGUCGAGACAUCUUAGGGUCUGAUGUCGGCGCCAUCCGCAUCGGGUUUGCUCGCGUGCCAACAAAGUCGCCCGUCAUCGGAGGACCCGAAGCCGAGGUCACUGCCGGCUCGCCCUCCAAGCUCGGCGAAGGCCUCAACACUGUCCGUGGCGCGACAGCUGUCAGCACGGAGCAGCAGUUGAGUGCCGAGGGCGGUGGCGUCGAAAACUACCGCUCGCAGCUCGUCCUCGACUUGGUCAAGCAGGGUGUCCACGACCAGGUCAUUGAGAAGGGCCUGGCUCAGGACGGUGCCGUCAGUGAGCAGCAGAUGAUCAUGCAGGUGCUCAGCGGCGGUCGCCGCGAAGAGGAUGCCGACGUCCGCGCUGCGGCCGAGGUUCGCCCCCCUGUCACCUACUACACGAUGAUUCCCGUCAUUGGUGACAGACAGAACACACGCCGAUUCGACGUUGCCCGCCUGCGCGAACUGCGCAAGCGCCUCGACUCUGGCAACGCUACCCAGGAGGAGAUCGACAGCAUCACCCGCGACCUUCUCGAGGACAGUGCAGACUUGGCGUCCGACUACAUUGGUAACACCAUCAUCCAGAAGCUCUUCGAGCGCACCGCCCCGGCCCUUCGUCGCGCCAUGCUCGAGCGUAUCGCCCCUCACCUGGCCAUGAUCGGUAUCCACAAGAACGGCACUUGGGCAGCUCAGAAGAUUAUCGAGUGCAGCACGACCGAUGAGGAGAGGGCUCUCGUGACGCACAACCUGCGCCCGUUCGCUCCUCCGCUCAUGUGCGACUCACUCGGAAACUACGUCUGCGCGGGCACCUUGAGAUUUGGCGCACCCUACAGCGAUUACGUGUACGACGCAAUGAUUGACCGCAUGUGGGACAUUGCUCAGAACCGCUUCGGUGCUCGUUGCAUGCGCACCUGCCUCGAGUCGCCGCACACGUCGCUGUACUCCAAGAAGCGCAUCGCCACUGGCAUCAUCUUGAACUCAAUUCCCUUGGCAACCAACCCCAACGGAGCUCUCCUGCUCACGUGGCUCGUCGAGCAGUCCAACCUUCCGGGCCGCUACGGUCUCCUUGCCAACCGCUUUGCCCCGCAUGUGGCACACUUGUGUACUCAUAAGCUGGCCUCGUUAACAGUUCUGCGCAUCAUCAACCAGACCACCGAGGUCGCCGCAGCACAGACGCUCAUCUCGACCAUCUUCCACUCGCCCAACGACCAGAACCUGAUAGAGAUCCUCUCGGAUGCUUCAAACGGCUCUCAGGUGAUCGGCAAGAUCCUUGCUGUUAGCUCAAUCUCGACCGACGAGAAGCCCAAGCUCUUGGAAGCUGUUCGCAGGGUGCUGCCCAACAUCAAGGCUUCUAGCACUCCACCCUACCGCCGACUGCUCGAGGAGGUCGGCCUUCCUGUCCCCGCGGGCCCUACCUACGCCCGUCCGCCCAACAACCAGCAGAAUGUUGGCGGGUGGCAGCAGCCCGGCGCCUAUGGAGUUCCUGGCAACCCGUAUGGCCAGCCUUUCCCCAACCCUGGCUUCCCGCAGCCGCUCGGACAGGCUCUCAGCCCGCUGUUGAUGCCUCAGAACAUGGCACUUGGACCUGCCCACGCCCUGCGGGCCAACUCUCAGAGCCCCAACUCAAACGGCUCGCCCCGGACCCCUCAGCAGCGCCAGAGGGGUCGUCUGAGCCCAGUGAGCCAGAUGAUGAGCCCUGGUUCAGAUCCUUUCAAUCCAUUUGCUUCACCUAGCAUCGACCUGCCCUACGUUGGUCCCCCCAGCGGAGGCAUGCGCGUUGCCUCGGGCCUUGCAGCGCAGCCCAUGGCGUUUGAAGCGCAGCCGAACAUUGGCGGUCUUGGCAUCAUGCCCAACCAGGCGUACUAUCCUCAAGGAGGACCUGGAAUGUACGCAGGGGCAGGCUUCCAGUAACCACACUGUAACAUAUCAUAUUGUCCGCCUGGCGCGGGACGACGACGACGACGAGGAGAAGGGAUGAGGGGUGACGGCUCGCCGCUCCACCGCUUAGUCCGGCGGAGGUGAUAGGGACGAUAUAGAAACUUCAACAACACACUAAGACCCAAUUCAAAAGACAACAAAGCCCAAACUUGCAAGAGUCAAAGCCUUUUCUUCAGCUUGCAGAGAGAAGACAAGCACACCUCGGCAGAACAAACCAAGUAUAAAAUCACCCACCACACUCACAUUCUGGAGGCUUUCGAUUCGGAUAGAAGUGACAGUCCUCGAAACCAUCGCCACAUCAUCUAGCUUGCGCGUGUGCAUGCAUCUGUGAC